GUGCACAAGAGGUCACCGUUUGUUUUUCAAGAUGGCGUCCCUCAGUGUGCUCGUGUACCCCUGUAGACGGCUACUCUGGGGGCUCCUUGCUGGCCCGAUCGCAACCAGCUGGGCGCGGCUUCCAGCUCGCGGGUUCAGGGAAGUGGUGGAGAUCCAAGAAGGCAAGACGACUAUAGUUGAAGGCCGGUUAACAGGGUCUCCCAAGGAAAGCCCAAACCCCCCUAACCCCUCUGGCCAGUGCCCUAUCUGCCGGUGGAACCUGAAGCACAAGUAUGGCUACGAGGAUGUUCUGCUGCUCAGUCAGUUCAUCCGACCCUUCGGGGGCAUGCUACCUCGGAGGAUCACAGGCUUGUGCCUGGAAGAGCACCGCAAGAUUGAGGAGUGUGUGAAAAUGGCACACCGAGCAGGUCUGUUCCCAAAUCACAGGCCUCGGCUUCCUGAAGGAUUUGUUCCGAAGAGCAAACCCCAACUCAACCGGUACCUGACCCGCUGGUCUCCCCGCUCUGUCAAGCCCAUCUAUAAUAAAGGCCACCGCUGGAACAAAGUGCGUAUGGCUGUGGGGUCACCCCUCCUGAAAGACAACGUCUCCUACUCAGGAAGGCCUCUGGUGUUAUAUCACUGACUGGGCUCUCUGCAAACGUGACCAGAGCUCCCACGCUCCAGCCCUGUUGCACCACGGCGGCCCAGCUCCUCCAGCAGGCGUGGCAGAUGCAGGAGGCAGUGGGACCGACCUCAGUGCCCUCAGCCUGCCUGACAGCAGCACUGGGAAGGGGUUGGGUCCCUGAGCAGCAGCUGUGGUCUCAUGACUGCCUUGGGCAGCGCUUCGUGCUGGGGCAUAGGAACUCUCCCCAAAAGAAUGUCAUAAACCAGGUUCAUGGACUCUG